AGGUGUGGUAUCCUGGCUCACCUUCUCACUACUCGUCUUCUUUGGUGGACGCUUUCAGGGUCUUUUGGUUUUCCUUUUCCAAAAACCGUAUCCACAAGUUGAUCGAUCAUCAUUUAUUUGUAGGUUUGUCAAGUAGCAGGAGGCAUGCUCCGCCGCACCGUCCGCCGCGCCGUCGGCAACACGCGCUUCAGCGGCGGCAAAGAGCGCGAUCGCAUUGAGCAGGAGCGACGUCGCCGCAUCCUCUACGACGCCGCCGGCAACCUGCAGCUGGGCGGCCUUCUCCUGAUGAUGUACGAGGACUUCCGCAAGCCUUUUGCGAUCGGCGUCGGCCUGCUGGCGCUGUUCUACGGCUACAACCGCCUGCUCGUGUACUUAUCGCGGCAGGACGAGGAAGAAUGUAGACGAUUGGAUCUGGCGAGCGAGCAGGCGGCACGGCAGAGCGGCAAGUUGAAGGCGGACCGCUACCUGGUGAAGCCGUCGAGGCAAAUCGAUGAUCCGGACUUCUUGGACAUCCCAGCCUACGCAGGUAAGGGCGUGAACAGGAGCAAGCUGAUGAGCGACGACGCGGUGAGCGGCGGCCCGAUGCACGACGAGCGUAAUCGCAGCUGA